AAAUUACUCCAGGGUUGGGAUGACGACAGUGACUGGGAAGUAUAAAUUCCGAGCCGAAAAGUUGUCAGCUCAUACCUCCAGACCUGGCAGUAAGGGUCACGAGACGCCGGACCAACCUUUAAAUCACCACCGAGAGGCUGGAGACGCAACAGGAAACCGCUCAGAACUGACGUUUCUGUGAUGUGGUUCCCAUCUCUUCAUUAGACGAACAAACCAUUACCAUGAAGUCGGCAUGCCUGCUCAUCUUGGCUUCUUUCGUGGUCUGCAACUUGAAGAUGUCAGAGGGACAAGGCGUCUCGGCUGAGGAGGAGACGGACCGAGGGACCACCAUAGAUGACAUCAUCCUCCAGAGAGCCGAAAGUCUUCUGUUAAGAUCGAUUCUCAAAAAGCUGCAGGGUGAAAACGGACAAGAUGAUGGGGGUUUCUCUCAUCCAGAAUGGGUUACAAAGCGCCAGCAUCCCGGUAAGAGGUACAGCGAAGGAUUGGAGAAGCGGCAGCACCCAGGCAGAAGAGAGGAGGACGAGGAUGAGCUCCACUUGGACAUGGAGAGGAGGCAGCACCCCGGCAAGCGCGAAAAUGAAAUGCACUCCUUCACGGGGAUUCAAAAACGGCAACACCCGGGAAAGCGCGCGACGGGACACGUUUCGGACACCCCCAUCAUUCUGCUUAGUGAACUUUCCAAACGGCAACACCCGGGUAAGCGCUACCUGGUGCUGCACACCAAGCGCCAGCAUCCAGGUAAGCGCUAUCUGGAGGAUGAGGAGGACGAUGGGGACUGGACUAGGGAUGGAGACGAAGAUCUCUCCGACUUAGAAAAGCGUCAGCACCCCGGAAAACGGUUUUGGGAUAACACCAGUCCGGAACUAAGCACCGACAGUCCGUGUGACGCUUUGGACCCUAACAGCUGCAAUAAGUCUCUGCUGCUCGACUUUCUAGACGACAUCAAGAGCCAUGCCGAGAAGAGACAGCAUCCGGGUAAAAGGUUUGCACCGGAGGAAGACUUAAUGGAAAGAGAGUAACAUGUUGUAAACGUAUAAACGAAUUGACCAGAAUGAAUUAUGAAACGUUUUAUUUGGCGCAGAGUUUGUUUUGUCUACGCAUUUCGGCAUUUAUCUGACAUUUUCUUUGGGGCGCCAGUGCGUAAUUCUCCUCCAAAUGUAGAACUUCCUGUGAGUAAGGAUGAAAAAGAGUCGGUGCCAUGUGUGAACUCUGUAAUUUUGAACUACUUUGAGAUUUUUUUAUGUUCAUUAGAGUAUUUCUGCUUGCGCCAAAUCAUAGGAUUAUACAAGUAAAGGCUCCAGAGAUGUUGCCUCUGUGAGGCAACUCCUUUGUAGAACGUGAGAUUAGAUAAGCAGAAGAUGACCACACGUGAAGCAAGAAAAUCUCUCAAGUGGCUGAUUUAUGUUUUAUUUUCUACGUAUGUAAAAUAUAAAGAUUACUACAGCAAA